UAGAGGGCCUCUCGAGGUUUACAAAAGCUGCAUCGAAGAAGAAGACGUGUUUGGAAAAUGGCGGGUCCUUCCACACACCUACUUGCUCGCCGUGUUUACGAUUCGCUACAGGCUGCGUCCUGCCCCCUGCUCCCGGGUCUGGAUCUGCGGGAAGCAGACACCAUGUUGCAGCUGCUCUGCAGCCCCUCAGAGCUGCGCUCCAGCAUCCUGGCCUGGAUCUUCAGCAGCAUCGUUCCAAGCUUUGUCAGCAAAGCAGUUUCAGUGAAAAACCCAGAUGUUCUGACCAAAGAAAUGGCUGCAGUUGGGGAAGAGCUGAUGCUCUGCAGAAAGGAUGACUUCGACCUGAUCAGAGGUAAUACGAGUCCUUUGCGGCAGCUUUGCUUCCUGGAGCAGCUUUUAACCCUAAUCUCAGACACGGCAAAGCCCUGUGGAUCCGGUGAGGCUCUCCUGAGCGAGCUCUUCGCUGAUGAGAAUCUGCCACACCUCAGACAGAUGCUGGAACCUGCGCUCAACCCCUGGCCGGUAAACAUCAGGGCUUUACAUAAAAGCAGCAGGUCACCCUACAAACCCAGGAAGGAGGCUGGAGACGUGGCUGCUCUCCUGCAGAAAACUCAGUCAGAACUCGAGCAGCUGCAGUCAAAGUGUGACUUCCUGCACAGCCAGCAGAAAAGCCCGUCUUUCUGUGCCAGCUCGCUGCGUCUGGCAGCAGGUGACCUGCAGCAGCUGAUGACGACCUUCUGCCCCGUCUACGAGAGCAACCUGAAAGCCCACUGCAGCAGAGAGCCGCCCAGCUUCAGCACCGGGACGGACAUCUUCCAGAGGGUCCUGCAGCUGCUGCAGGCCUGCAACACGGAGCUGGAGAUGCUGAGCCAAGUGCCAGAAGCUUCUGCAUGUUUGGAGGAGGAGGUGAAGCAGCUGCAGACUCAGCCUCGCUACUGGAGUCACGGAGAAAAGCUCACGUUGGCGGAUCAGCUGAAAGAGUUUAACAGGAGGAUUGGAGUUCUUCUCUACCAGAUCUCCCCUGAACAAGCUCCACCUUCACCGGACAAAACUGACAAACAAGUGUAAAUAACAGCUUCUUUGUAAAUAAAUGUUUUUUUUAAGUUA